AUUCCUCCUGACAGUGAUGAAAUGGAAGCACCUUAUAAGAUGGAAUUAAAGUUCUUUGGUGAACAAAAUUGGUUUCACGGAUUACUGAGCAGAACAGCUGCCUGUAGCCGCCUUUUGGAUGAUGGCUCAUUUUUGGUCGCAAAUGAUGUAAACGAGCCUGAAAAAUUCUUCAUAUUCGUGAAGUGGAACGGCAAAUGUCAUGAAGUAGAGAUUAAAUAUAAUUUUUUGACCGGGAAAUAUAGCCUUGGAUCAGUCGAAUUUAUUGAUGUUGCUGAUUUAGUAUCAUAUUACAAAGAUAAUCAACUUCCAGUUUUAGAUGAUCUUGGAGCCGUUUUAUUUGUCCCUGUACCUCCUUCUCCAAUAAGCCACAUCAAAAGUACAUUAAAUGGUGCUCUUCUUGGUGAAUUUAAAAAUGCAGAUUAUGUGAUUCCGACUGAAAAUCGUGCGAAUAGUAGAUCAGCUGAUAACUUAUCUCUGGACAUGGAGUAUCUUAGUUUGCCCGAAUGCACUGCAAGUUCCCCAGUUCGUUGCAAACUACAACGUCAACAGAUACGCUAUCUUCCAAUGAAUGAUAAGCCUCCCAAAUAUCAGAACAAAAAUCCCAAUAUGUCCCUUGGUCAUCUCAACACAGUGAGUUGCGAAUCCAAAAGCUUUAGCCGAAGCACACUCAGCCUUCCAACUUGUUCCCGGUUUGAUGCCUCCCCGAAGGAUUCCACUUUCCAAUAUUUGGUAAAUAUGUGCCAAGGAUUCAUCAAUUAUGAUUUGGGCCUUACUUUCCUAAACUUUAUUGAUGUUGCUAAACCCCUUGAUGAGGAGGCUUUUGAUGCGGUAUCUAGAGUUGUCCUAUCUGCCGGAGUUGAUACUGUGGCCGGUUGCCUUGGUAAUGAGACAGCCUCUAUCCUUGCUCUUAACUGGCUUUCUGAAGCUGGAACGAGCAAUAGCUUGCCCACUGAUGGUUAUUCUCUCCUUCUUUGGCCUGCUGCCAACGGUUUUCGUAGAGACCUUUACAAUAGGGAUCGUUUUCUCUCGCUCUUUGUAACUGCAUCAAUUGUGACAUUGAAAAAUGGCGACUUAAAGGCUGCACUUUUGGCACUUUGGGUAAAUGUUAUUAAGAAGUUGAUUGCAUACCACAAGGAUCAUUACACAGCAAACACAAUUGCGAGUGGAAUCUUGGCGGUGCAGAUAAUGAAUCAAAGUCUUCUUUGGGAGAAAGCUUUUCCUUGUGAUGGAAAUCCUGACGUCAUCAAUAAAAUAAAAUCUUCUCUUCUCGAGCAUCGUGUUCAGGAGUCAAAGUUAUUGGAAGCUACAUCAAAUUGUUUGAGUAAGGUGGAUCAGUGUGUACCCAAUAUAGCCCCCUUAGUUGAAGAGCUUUAUCGCCUUCAACCUCCUGAUGUUGCAGCUGGAGGUCUGCCACCAUCUUCUCUUAUGCAGAAGCUCACCUUGGCUAAGAGUAUCUAUCGAAGACGAGUCUGUGGUGGUGGUGGUGGAAGUGGUGUUCUUUGGGUAAAGCAGAAAUGGCCUGAACUCCAGUCUAUCCAGGUACCAGAUGAGCUGCAGUCAAUAUUCAGAAUUGAAAAUAUACUUCUCCUGUUGCUAGGACCAAUCGAUAUUAGUCAAAACGACGUUCUUGAGAGUUGCUAUGGAAAAUUAUCAGAAAUUCUCACUCUUUUUGUCGACACUUGA